GGCGCCAACGUGUCAACGUCCAAUAUUUUGAAGAGCAACAGAAGAAAACGUGUGGCUAGUGGAGUUUAAUUCUUGAAUGACAUUAGAGCAAAGUUUAUAAUUUUACAAUUAGUUUCUCUGCCUGGGAAUAACUUAACGCACUUCGGCGUAGAGUCGCUUCGUUCCUGACAUCUGACCGGCUGCUGCGCCCUGAAAAAUGCGGGAUCGAACUAAAGAAUUAGGAAAUAAAGCCGAGGCUUCAGAUGAGGACGAGGAGGGCAAAGCUCUGAUGAUCAAACCUGGAACCUCUUCGGCCAAAGAGGAGAAGGAGAAUGAAGCCUUCCUUAGAAAGGUGCAUGAAAUUCAUGAGGGACUGAGCCGUCUCAAAGGGAUGGUGUCUGAGCUUGAGAACAAGCAGAAAACAGUGCUGGGCGUGGCGCUGCCGGAGGAGAGUAUGAAGAAAGAGCUCCAGACUCUUCGAGAGGAGAUCAAAACACUGGCUGGUCAGAUCCAGAGGAAACUGAAGAGCAUGGAGCCAAAGAAGGGAGAGGAGGAUGGAAAAUACGUACCCAUAAACAUUCGGAUGCAACGGACCCAGCACGGCGUCUUGUCCAAGGAGUUUGUGGAGCUGAUGGGUCACUGUAACACCAUCCAGGCCCAGUACAGAGACCGCAACGUGGAGAGAAUACACAGGCAACUCAAGAUCACUGGGACCAACGUGACAGAUGAAGAGCUGGAUAAGAUGCUCGAGAGCGGGCAGACAGACGUUUUCACCCAAAAUAUUCUGAUCGAUGCUAAAGCCACAAAGCAGGCUCUGAAUGAGAUCGAGUCCCGGCACGAUGAGAUCCUGAAGCUGGAGAGGAGCAUCAGAGACCUGCACGAAAUGUUCCAGUACCUCGCCAUGGAGGUCGAGGCUCAGGGGGAGAUGGUCAACCGGAUCGAGAACAACAUCAAACAGUCAACCGACUACGUGGAGAAAGCAAAGGACAACACGGAGAAGGCUGUAACGUAUCAGCAGAAGGCGCGCAAGAAAAAGGUCUGGAUUGCGAUCUGUUUGGCCAUCCUCAUCCUUAUCAUAGUCAUCGCAGUGGUCUCCACCUUCGCCACCUAACACCAGGCGGCGUGAGUCAUCUGGUAGAUCCGUCUGGCAGAAGCACAUUGUGGGUUCAGAAAUCCCCUCUGGUGUAAAUAAUUUCAGCUGAAGUGUGUACGGGUGAAUUAGGUCAGUUAGUGUCCCAUCUCUGCUUUGUUUUUUUAUUUUCAUAUUUCAGAUUGGUCCUCCUUUAACUUGCACGUCCUCCUAACAGGCCUUGUGUUGUUUUCUUUUUUAAGAAGAGAUGUGCUCUCUGUUCUCUCAGCACACAAGUGACCACAAUCUUAGUUGCGGUUCCUCUUCCAGUCAAGAGGUAAUGGCUGCUGGUCUAUGGGAUUCCCUGGUCCAGACUGGGGUCUGCAACACAGACCCCAGUCUGGCCCAGGACGAUGUGUGGGCUGUUGCAUCACGCCUCCCCCUGCUGCUUCAGACACAUAGUAAACAAGUGGCCUUGGGCGAAGCGCAGAGCAGUAUUGAACACUGGCGCUGAUCACACUGUACUCAGGAAAACUGGGCUGUAACAGAGCGGGGCUUUCUUUUAUGGGCAUAUAUUUGGUAAAUAGACUAAUAUAAUUGUAUAUAACCUAUAUUGCUGAUUCUUUAUGCAAAUGAUUUUAAACUUGAAAGUUCAAACUGCCUAUGUGUAACAAAUGUAAAUAGAUAGUUUUUUUUUGUGUGUGAAAGAACAGCCCUCACCCCUUUUUUUUUUAUUUUAAGAGCUCCAUCAACAAGCCCACUCUGCUUUGUCCUCACAGUUUGUGUUUGACUUGUGCUGCGUGAGCUGCUACGAGCAACAACACUCUCAUAACCGGUGCCUUCUCCUGUAAGUCCAUGUCAGCAGCUCAAACUGAAAAUGUGAUAUUGUGCACUAACAUGUCAGGAAGGGAUGGAGUGAUUAUCAUGAUCCCUGAAUAUGAGAAUUCCCAUAGCCUGAUUUUUCUUCACCUGUUUGUCACAUUGUGCAGAGUCUUCCUUCGUCUUCCUAGUUGAAUCACUUCUGUUUAAUUCUGUGGGGGAAUCCUGGAGCAGAAAACCCUUUUUUACAGAGACAAACAGUACCUGCUGUGCAAACACAAUAUGACAAAUCUGAAAAGAAAAAUUAACCACAACUUUUUAUGUUUGACAUUUGUCCAGUCCUCACUCACAUCUCCUCUGGAAACAGAAAAAGGUUGGCUGAGGCCGGAGCGGAGAUUUUCCUACUGUAUAAUAUUAUGGCUGUUGAAUUUUUGCAUCAUUUUAAUAUAGAUUUGUUUUUAAAUAAAAAUACCACCAUGUUCUAUUA